UGGUACCAGUAGUCCAAUAGUGUAGUACUCAUGGAAGAACACCCCACCCUUACCAUGUGCUCAACAACUAUCUGGAAGAUUCAAAAACACACACGCCCACAUCUCUCCUUGAUGGAAUGCUGCUCAACUAUGAAACAGCUCAUGGAAUUCCAUGCCCAUUUCAUCUCAAGUGGCCUCUCCACUCAUCCCGCCGUUCUUAGCUCCCUCAUAUCCUUCGCUUCACUUUCUCCCGCCGGGGAUUUAGAUUACGCCCGUUGUCUUCUCUCCCGCAUAAGAGAACCCAAUUCGUUCCUGUUCAAUACAGUCAUAAGAGGAUAUGCUUCAAGCUCCCAUUCGGCCCCCGCUAUCGUUCUCUACAAUUCCAUGCUCAGAUUUCCUGUGUGUUGGUGAAACUAUACACUGUUCUGUAACCAAAUGCGGCCAUUUUCCCGAUCUUCACAUAGCCAACUCGCUAUUAAAAAUGUACGCUGGUUUCGGGUUGUCACAACUGGCACGCAAGCUGUUCGACGAGAGUUCCCAACCGGAUGUGGUUUCUUGGAACGUCAUCGUGGACGAUCUUUGCCGAAACACUUGCUUUCGUGAGGCUAUGUGUGCCUUCUUCAAGAUGUGUAAACAUGGUGAUACUCAGCCUAAUUCCGUCACGUUUCUCUCACUCGUCUCUUCUUGCACAAAGGAAAGUGAUUUGAGUACUGGGAAAAUGAUACAUUCCCACAUAAUAGUAACAAUAGGAGUUAACAUCAGCAAAAACCUUGGAAACUCGUUGCUUGACAUGUACUGCAAGUUUGGCGAUUUAGUGUCGGCUGAGAAGAUAUUCAACAAAGUGCAAGUGAGGACACUAUUUUCAUGGACAUCACUGCUAGAUGGUUACCUGCUAAAGGGUGACCUCAAGAGCGCUGUGGAAAUUUUUCAUCAUAUGCCUGUAAAGGAUACGACUGCCUGGAAUGUCAUGCUCUAUGGUUUCAUUGAGGCUGGUGAAAUCAAUUCAGCUGAAAAGAUUUUCCGAGAAAUGCCAGAAAGGGAUUUAGUGUCCUGGAACAGUAUGAUUCUCGGAUAUGCCCAUAACAACAAUACAAAAAUCCAGUCUUUGCAUUUGUUCAAGGAAAUGCUGCGUGUGGGUGUGAAGCUCGAUAAGAUCACUCUACUCGGUGUGUUUUCUGCUUGUGGGGGUUAUACAGGGAAAACACCUUUUCUCGGUGAAGUGAUCCAUUGUCAUAUGGAGAAACAGAACAUAAAGGGAGAAGAAGUAGAGACGGCUUUGAUGGAUAUGUAUUCCAAACACGGUGCUAUCCAGAAAGCAAUAAAAGUGUUUGAAACUAUAGCGAGGAAGUCAGUGCUGGCUUGGACCGUCUUGAUCCUGGGACUAGCUAUGAACAGUCUUGCAAAUGAAGCCCUAAGUUACUUCCACCAAAUGUGUGAGGCAGGAGUAAAGCCGAAUGGAGUCACCUUUUUAGGCGCUUUGUGCGCCUGCAGUCAUGCAGGUUGGCUGGUUGUUUGUUAAAAGUAGCCCACACCUCUUAUUCACCAUAUACGAACUGGGACUCUCUGGCCUUAUUAUUUGGGUUUCAAAGUCUUGUGGAAGAAGGCAAAGAGUUGUUCAGAGCUAUGGUAGAGAUCCAUGGAAUGACACCGAGGUCAGAGCAUUGUGGCUGCAUGGUGGAUCUUUUUGGGCGAGCUGGUUUGCUGGAGGAGGCAGAGAAGCUCAUUCAAUAUUUUCCACCUGCCAUAGCUGAUGAUGCUUCUGGAACUUGGGGAGCACUUUUUGGGGCUUGUAGAAUGCACGGAGAGAUAGGAAUGGCAGAAAAAAUUGCCAAAAAACUGAUAGAAAUCGAUCCAUAUCAUUCAGGCAGAUAUGUUAUUCUCUCCAAUAUCUAUGCUUCCGAAAACAGAUGGUGUGAUGCUGACAAGGUGAGGAGGAGGAUGAAGGCGUCGGGUGUUCAGAAAAUACCUGGCUUCAGCCUGAUCGACCUCAAAUCAGUUUCCUAAUUUUAUAUUGAUUCUCCGUUUGGAGUCUGGUAAUAAAUACUUAAGAAAAGAAAAUAGGAAGGGGCAUUUGGAAGGGAAGAAAUUUGAGGGAAAAAACAUGAGUCAAAUCUGACUCGUAAAGUUUUAGAUUUAUUUGUUCAAGCUCUUUCUAUUACUAAAAAAAUAUAAAUAUUUGUCAAAUAAAUAACGAUCAGUUCUGUUACAUAUAUUUAAGUAUCUUAGUGUUAUUUGUUUUGUGCAUAAAAAUUAAAUUGAACACUAAACAAAUAUCUGCAAUGAAUCUGUAGAGUGAUAACAAGUCUUUGCUAUUUCUUGUGCUACUUAAUUCUUCCCUACUAGUAGUUUUUUACUUUUUUUAUUACACAAAAAACACAUCUAUUGUUUUAAUAGUAAAGUUGAGUUGUGAAUUGCUG